GAGAAAGUGUCGCGCGAGACCGGAAGUAGUUCGCUCUCACAUCCGGGCUUCGGUCGCAGCGACUUAUCUCCGGGCCUAGCGACAACAUGGCGGACCUAUCUUUGGAUGAGCUGAUACGGAAACGCAACGUUAACGUCAACAUGAAAGGAAGACUGAACACCAGGCCAAUUUUUGGAGGCAUCAGAUCUCGAAUUGGAGUCCAACAAACUUUUCUAAGCAGACCAGCACCAAGUGUUGGUUUCCAACGGACAUUUGAUGCACGUCAAAAGAUUGGCCUUACAGAUGCCCGACAUAAGAUUGGGGUGAAAGAUGCCAGAGAAAAACUGCUCCAGAAGGAUGCAAGGUUCAAAAUCAAAGGGAAAGUGCAGGAUGCUCGGGAGAUGCUGAAUUCCCGGAAGCAGCAAAGCGUUGAGAACGUGCCCAAAGUUGUUGAUGCCAGAGAGAAGAUUAGUUUGAAAAGGAGCACUCCAACUAUAGCUACUAUGAACACUCUUGUGGAAACAGUGACCCCUGCCAUGAAGAUCACAAAAACAAUCCAACAGAAAGCUGCAACUCCAUCACACGUUCACCCUGCAGGAAUGAAGGUCAACAUAGUGAAUAAUCACACACAAAAACAGUGCCUGUAUGACAUGGAAGAGGAUGAAGAAGCUGUGUCUCCCCUUCCUAGCAAACAAAUGAAAAUCACCACCACAAACAGCUUUCUGCACAGUGCGACUGGACUCAGUGGCAAUAAAUUCUCUCUAUCAAAGACUGUCCCCCUCACAAAAGUGGUCCAGAAUGACACCUAUACGGCGCCCCCAGCUCCACCUUCCCCCAUCCGGACAAAAGGCCUCACAAACAUGUCUCGGACCUUGGUGACAAAGGAAGAACCCCCGAAAGAACCGGCUCCUGUUGAGCCGGUCUUCAGCCCAUUAGAAGGUACUAAAAUGACUGUGAAUAAUUUGCAUCCUCGAGUCACUGAAGAGGACAUUGUUGAAUUGUUCUGUGUGUGUGGUGCCCUGAAACGAGCCCGUCUGGUGCACCCUGGGAUGGCUGAAGUGGUGUUUGUGAAGAAGGAAGAUGCCAUCACCGCUUAUAAGAAGUAUAACAACAGAUGCCUAGACGGGCAGCCAAUGAAGUGUAAUCUUCAUAUGAAUGGAAAUAUUAUCACAUCAGACCAACCUAUCUUGCUCCGAUUGAGUGACACUCCCUCAGUGAAGAAGGAAGGGGAGCCACGUCGCACAAGCACAGGAGCCUCCUCCAAUCCACCGGCUGAAGUGGAUCCCGAUACCAUCCUGAAGGCUCUCUUCAAAUCAUCUGGGACUUCGACUUCAGUGCAGCCAACAGAGUUUAAAAUCAAACUUUGAGAAGUGGCAGGGAAGGAGUGGACUGGAAAACUUUUUGAACGUGGGAAAUGGCAGAGAUAAAUGCGGGAACACAGGUGUUGUGUUUGACCGUGCCGAAACAUUUGUUUUUCUACAAUUGCUACCUUCCUGUACAGUAGCUUCUCCUUAAAUGUGUGUGUUCUGUUUUCAUAGUUGAAGUUUCUGUCCACUUAUUUCUAACAAGAUAAUCUUCCCUCCCUCCAGUGAGAUAUAUCGCCAAGCUUAGCCCAUGUAACUCCUUUGUUUCACAGCCCCAACCCUUCUACAGUAUCCAGCUAGUAAAAGUGUACUUAGCAAAGGGCAUGGUGAACAUCUAUUGGAACUUGCUUCCUUCAAAUAAAAAAAAACUUCAUAAAACAUAUUUCAUUUUAAUGCCUGGAGAUGAGGCCAGGUGUGACACUGUAUUUUCAUACAUUUGGUAAUAAUUUAGUUCUCUUGCGUUUGGGUAAUUAGUAGAGGAGAAACAGCAAAAGCUCCAUUCACUGCACCAGCAGAUGGAAAGGACUGUAAGAAGUGAGAAUAUAUAUAAGUACAAGAACAUCCUCUUCCUUACCAUGGAAAUAAUUUAAUAGUACCCCUAAAGAAGAAAUCAACCCUGUCAUUGAUGCAAAUUUCAGUCCAGCUUGUCUUACAGAUUCAAUUAUUCAAUGAGAAUGUUUGGGUUUUGUUCAGAUAGCAUUAAAAUGUUUCAUUUUCUCACAUCUGUGAUUAUGUUCUCCCUAACAUUUUACUGAGAAUAAGUAUGUUAGGGAGGACAGUAUUCUAGUUUAGUUUUACAGAAAAGGAGGUGUGCUACAGGCCCUGCAAGGAGUAGUUUCUCAUGUUGCAAGCCCUGAUAGAAUUGGAGACACACCUACACUUCGUUAUAUUUAGAUUUUUGGGAGAGGCAGAGGUAUCAAAGCAAAAUAUAAGCAAAGAAAAGUGCAAAACUAGUGAAACCUGGCCGUUCCCAAUUGUCAUCUUUUACCCCACAGAAACGGUUACUCUUUCUAGCUGGAAUUGGUUCAGUCAAAGGCAGAAAAUGAUCCUCACCUUGUGCCCUUGAGAAGUUAUCAUUUGUAAUAACAGCACAUUUCAAUGCUUCACUGUGUUUGGACAAAACUGCCGCUACUCUGCAGCACUAUUGCUUGUUUGUCCUCUGUGAAAAGUGGCGAGUGCUAUUCAUGUCGAUACAGAAGAGAUUUGUCCUGGAACCGGGAAGGGGGCCGAGAGGAGAAAGAAAUUCACUGACAUCAUUGCUAAGACACAAUUCCUUUCUGCAAGCAUCGCAGAUAAUCAUUGGGAAUGGAAAACUGACCAAUAUUUUUUGAUAUUUUAUAUUAAAUCAAGACACAAAUACCUAUGGACUCCGGGCUGAGGGGUUGAAUUUUUAUCCUCCCAGCUACAAGAUUUAAGCUUUUCUAUUAAUCUGUGCUGAAAUGCUGUGGUUGUAAAAAAGAAAAAAAGACUUGCUUUCUUCUGUUGUAGAACCUGCUGAUGGGUGGCUUCUACUUUCCCUUUGCUCUUCAGUCUGUAUAGUCUUAGUUUAUUCUAGCACCAACACUUGAGAUGCGUCAUACUUACAAUCCUUCAGGAUGUGGAAGGAGCUUUUUUUCCCCAAUAAAAUUUGCAGAUCUUGGUUACUAAUUUUGGACUGGUCAUAAUUAAACCUGUACUGGGGAGGUGUGCUUGGAAACGUCAGUUCUUUUGUGCCGAACGGCUUAUUCCUUGUUCUGGGGUUUCACUUGCAACUGUGAUCAGCUACAAGGGAAGGGAAGGUUGGGGCUGGAGGACUCUUAUGUACUACGUUCCAUAAUAAACAUUUGUUAUACAGA